AUGGGUGCUACAGGAAACUUCAAAAUUACAAUUCCGAUUUCCGAGGAUUCGGAGAUUCCUCCAACCGAAGAAACCCAACUGAUUCCUGCAUCAUGUGCGCAGUUUCCAGGAUCCUUCGCUCCGGAUUUAAGAGAAGAUAAACGAAGAGUAUCAAAACGUAGCGGAUUCAGUGAUCGGAUUUAUAUAUUCUUCACGGAUGGAUGGGGUGAUGUAACGGUUUGGAAAAGUGCUUUUAUAGAAUUCGUGGGAACAACAUGCCUAUGCUACCUGUCUGCUUUUAUCAGUAUUGCAAUUCGAAAUUCUGACACUACACAAAUAGCGGCGUAUGUUGGCGUUACCAAUAUUUUUCUUUUGACACUAUUCAUAUGUGCGCUCGCUCCAGCUUCUGGUGGUCAUAUGAACCCAAUCAUCACUUUUGCGACGGUAAUCACUGGACUUACCGGAUUUCCAAGAGGAAUGUUGUAUAUGAUAGGACAGACCACCGGAGCAGCACUUGCGGGUGGCUUGAUCAGAGGAAGCUUAGGAGAUCAGAGAACUUUAAUGGUUGUCAAGGUCAAGAAGCUCUUCUAUGAAAAGGUGCGUUUAGUAGCUUACCUGAUCGAGUCAAUUUUGUCAUGUAUCAUGCUGAUUUUAUCGUUUGGUACUGCUCUUGAUCCCCGACAGGCGCAACUCUUUGGGCCACGCCUAGGUCCAUUCAUGGUUGGCUGUACAUUAGGCCUUGUGUCAUUUUCUAGUAUUAAUCUUGCACCUGGAUACCCGGGAGCGGGAUUGAAUCCAGCGAGAUGCUUUGCCUUUGCAGUUGCGAGAGGCAACUUUGCUUAUCAAUGGAUUUGGUGGUUCGGUCCGGUCACUGGAGCUAUAAUCCAAAGCUCGGUCUAUCAUUUUGCCCCACCAUAUCAUAGAGAAAGGGUAGAUAGAAGGCAUUCAACAUGA